AAAAUCCAAAUAAUUAAUCGUUAGGAGGAGGAACAACUUCCGCCAUAUUCCACUACUACUGCUGCUUUCUUUCCUUGUUGUACAAAUCCAAUCCAAAUUCAUAUAAUAACUGAAAAGAACCUAUUUUUUUGUUUGUUUGUUUGUGAGUUACCGGAAAGAGAGAGUAAUGGGUAUACCGGAAAUCGUGGAAUUUGGUCGGAAUUUCUCCGCCAUGAUCAGAAUUCAAGGCCCUGAUCCAAAAGGAUUGAAGAUGAGAAAACAUGCUUUUCAUCAUUACAUCUCCGGGAAAACCACUCUUUCAGCAUCCGGAAUAAUAUUACCCAGUGCGUUUAAUGUUGUUGCUUCAUCAUCUCACCAAGUUAGCAGCGAGCCAAUGUCUUUGGUGCUGACAGUUGCAUCAAUAAUCGAGCCAUUUCUUUCAGCAAAACACAAGGAUCACAUGUCCGAGAUUUAUCAGGUCAAGCCCGAGUUGAUUUCUGGUGCCAAGAUAGACGUGAUGAUAGAGGGGAAUGCUAGAGCAACUGACAGUGAGGCUCUUCACUGGCUGCCUGCUGAACUUAUAACGUUGCUCGACAUUCCUGAUUCAUUAGUUGCUCUCCGAUCUCUAAUCGGAGCUUCUUCUGGCUCAUUGGAGAAUAGCUGGGAAAUUGGUUGGUCCUUAGCAUCAUAUAAUGAUGAUCAGCCGGCAUAUGUUGAUGAUAAACAAAAUGAGGUUCCUCGAUCUACAGUCAAAAGUCAUGGGGAACAAUUGAUUGAUUCAAGUCUAAUGGGAAACUCGGUGACUCGAAUUGCUAUACUGAAACUUCCUUCAAGAACUUUGGAGGAUUGGCCAAACCUAAAAAAAUCAUCAAUAAAUAAGAGAGGGGAUCUUCUUGUAGCAAUGGGUGCUCCAUUUGGUGUAUUGUCUCCAGCUCAUUUCUGUAACAGUAUAUCAGUUGGUUAUGUGUCUAAUUGCUACCCUCCAAGUUCCUCGCAUGCCUCUUUGUUGAUGGCAGACAUUCGUUGUCUUCCUGGAAUGGAAGGUAGUCCAGUUUUUGGUGAACAAUCGGAGAUGGUUGGCAUGCUAACAAGGCCACUGAGGCAGAAGGGUACUGGUGCCGAAGUUCAGCUUGUGAUUCCAUGGGAGGCCAUCUUAAAUGCUUGUGCUGGUUUUCAAUUACCCAACACAUAUAACACAAAAGAUUGUAACUCUAAUUCAUAUAUUACCCCUCCAAAUCCCGUUGAGAAGGCAAUGUCUUCUAUAUGCCUUAUAACUGUCGGUGAUGGUGUGUGGGCAUCUGGUGUUUUACUCAACAAUCAUGGCCUUAUUCUUACAAACGCUCACCUUCUUGAGCCUUGGAGGUUUAAGAAAACCACAGCCAACGAGAAUCAUAAAAUCAUGUCAAAUAUCUUUUUUACUCCUUCAAAUGACACAAAGCCGAUGACUUUUCUAUCUAGUUUCAACAAGAGAAAUCAUCAAAACAUACGGGUUCGCGUGGAUUAUCUGAACCGUUGGAUAUGGUGUGAUGCGAGUGUACUCUAUGUUUCUAAAGGUCCUCUGGACAUUGCAGUUUUGCAGCUUGAGCAUGUGCCUGAUAAGCUUCUACCAAUCGUCAUGGAUGUCAGUUGUCCCUCUCCGGGAUCAAAGGUUUAUGUUGUUGGACACGGGCUUUUUGGACCUCGUACUGAUUGUCUUCCGUCAGCUUGUUUGGGUGUGGUAUCAAAAGUAGUUAAAGCGCAGAGGACUGUAGGAGAGACUGGACAAAGAGAUUUUCCGGCAAUGAUUGAAACAACUGCUGCUGUCCAUCCUGGAGGUAGUGGGGGUGCUAUUCUCAAUUCAAAUGGUCACAUGAUCAGUCUUGUUACAAGCAAUGCCAGGCAUGGUGGUGGGACAGCUAUACCUUACUUAAAUUUCAGCAUUCCAUGUGCAGCAUUGAAGCCUGUCCUUGACUUCUCGAAAGCAGACAUGAAGGAUUUAUCCAUCUUGGAAGAUAUUGAGAGACCCAAUAACCACCUUUCUUCUGUAUGGGCAUUGAUGCCACCUGUAUCCCCCAAGCCCAAACCAGAAGUAGAUAACAUCAAAGAUACAAAGGGUUCAAGAUUCGCCAAGUUUAUAGCCGAGUUGAAACAAACUUCACCUCUUGACAAAACGGAUCUUGAAUCUUCGAAAAAAUUUCCCAGCAAGUUGUGACAUAACAGCCUUCUAGUUUUUUAUAAAUUUCUUUUGAAGUAAAUGAACCUCAAAACUUGUAGUCAAUUUUAAAUCGUAAAUGUUUCGUGUCAAAGAUAGUUCAUUUGUUGUAUGUCAGAAGGAAAGGAUGUGUUCGGAUAAUUUUAUAAGGAGUAUGAUAAUUUUUAGCUGUGUGAAACCAAA